UUUUGCCCGUCUGAUCAGCCGCGACCUCCAACACCAUGCCCGCCAUCUCCAUUGGCGUCGCACCGCCGACAGAGCAAGUCCCAAGCACUCUCCAUACUCGGCGCCAACAUGGUCUUGCGGCUGUCGGUCUCAACUAUCUGCUCGUGUCGCUCAGCGUCGGAGUCUGGUACCUCUUGUUGCUCGCGCCCAGUCUCACCAACGAUCUCUGGCUGGCGGGGUUCACACCGACGGGCUACGAGGCCCUUCUCAUCGACUUGCUCAACGCGCAGUUGGCCGUCUCGGGUGCCGGUGCCUUCAGUCUCUACGGCGCCAACGCGACCAGCACCAAACUGUACAAUGUGUCGAAACCGACGACCAAUGUGCUUCCAACGUAUGCCCGGACGAUUCUCUUUACUGAGCUCACCUCGAUCGAGUACGCAGUGCGUCAACUCCGAUCGCUGAGCGCAAAGUGGUCGAUUCGCAUUGACGCCCACCACUGCUGGGUCGACUUCAACCAGACGUUUGAGGUCGCGCACUCAGUGGCGCGUCAGCGCCGGUGCCGAGACCUCUAUGCCUCGAAUGCUGCCGUCUACAUGGAAGCGGUCUUGCGCAACGUGGUGUGGAGUGACUUUAUAGCGGCGUGGGGCGGGGACAAUGGCUACUUUACUGUUGCGGUCCAGCUCGCUCUGCAAGAAACGUCCCGAGGCCAAACUUUUUUGGAUAUGGUGUCCGUCGCGCGCGAUACGACGACCCCGGAGCAAGAACUGAUCUACUGGCAACGCUACGGCUUGCGGACGUUCCAGCUGCAAUGGCAGAGUCGGUGGCAGGCCAGCAUCGUCGAAUCCAUCGUCUUGCGAAAUGCGUUGGGCAUGCAGCAGAACUUGGUUCUGAAGAACCUGCCGCAGGGCACCGGGCCGUGGACGACUGGCAAGCUCUAUUGGCUUCCCAUCAACGAUCUCAUACAACCCCGGCGCUUCAAGCGCAGCCUCGUGCGAGGCUCUGCUCGGUAUUUCGGGGCCAAUAUCUCCACCAACUUGCCGGCCAUUGAUGUCGAGGUCAUGGAUGGCAUCACGUUGGUGCCCGGGCAGUUUGCAAACCAAUCCGCCGUCUUUCGCACCGUCAUUGGUCCGUUCCAGGGCGUCGACUGCAUCUUCGUCGAGCCCCCCAGGACGCUCAAAGCUCUUUUAAAAGCUCUUCACGCGUCCCAGCAGCGCCCCGGGACUCUGCCACCCGCGACUGUGGCCCUCACACCGCUCUCGUGGCGUCGUUUUACGAGCUUUUACGGAGGCAAUCUCAUGUGCAUGGUCCUGCCUCAAACAACCUACGUCCAGCAGUCCUUUGACUUCUUCGAUGCUUGCACCAAGCCCGAGCCACUCGCCAUUAGCAUGGAUCCAACGGCGCUGCGUCUCGCACGGGCGGCCACCUCCAACUUGAGCAUUCGCGAUGCUUGCCGCGCUGCGUCGCCCGCUUCUGUCUGUGAAGUCGCUGUUGACGAUGUCGCCCCGCUCUCCAUCUCGAUCGAGUUGCUUGCGUCAACGACGUCCAGUGUCAUGGCCUCGGACGUUGGCUUGAUGCAGUAUGCGACCGCCGCCAACGGUACGUGGGUCGUCUUGCGCCAGUCACUUCUCGAGCCAUCGUUUGCUCUCUUUGGCUGGCUCUUCCUCAUCGAUUGGGCGCUCGGUCGUCGCGAAGUUGUCUCAUUUCAAGGCGAUGUCGGCACCCUCACGCUCAUCUCCAACGUCUAUGCGCCUCAGCUGUACACGACGGGGACGGAGCCGCUCCAGACUGCGACGCAGAUCUUGUACUACCUUGUGGUGGCGACGUCGGUGAUUCUCGUCGGCGUCGGUAGCAUCACGCUCGUCUACGCCAUCAAGACGCGUUGUCGCUUCAACGGUGUCAACCUCUUCUUCUUCAACCGUGUGGUUGGCGCCGUCUGGCUCGGUCGGCCGCUGGCCUUUCUGCGCGGUGCAUCAGCCGUAUUGCUACUGAGCUCGGCCAGCGUAUCGCUCUCAACAUCUUCAGAUGGCGUCUCUCGAUUUGUCGCGAGUCCGCGGAGCUGGCUUGCGACGGCCGUUGUCACGAGUGAGGCCACGUGGCUGACGUAUGUGGCCAGUGACGUCUUGGUGCUCGUGACGCGUCAGCAUACAAGGCCCUUCAGUGCUAUUGCGAGCUUGGUGUCGUGGCUGGUGCUAUUUCUUCUUGAAGUCAGCGACCCAGUGCAAGUGACGGGGACACUUCAGAGGGCGUGUGUGGGUGUCGAUAUGGACUAUGGUGUGGCGUGUACGAGUGGCGUCGUGUCAGUCGGCAGUCUCACUCGCAUGGCGACCGUCGGUGGCAUCCAAGCUGCUGGUAUUGCAGUCUCACUAAGCUUGAGUUUGAUGAGCGCCACCAGAACGACCAGAGCCGGAAAAGGGUCGGAGGUCGAAGCCUCACUCUUGCUAAGCAGCAUCGCGCAUGUCUUCUUGGCGACCGAGUCGUCGUCGACCCGAGCGUCCAUCGACCACGUCAGCUGCGUUCUCGCAGGUCUCUUACCGCUGCGACUCUGGGGGAAAGCGUACCUCUUUGACGUCAAGCUCUGGCUCUUGAUCCGGGACGAGCUCUCAACGGUGUCACAUCUCGCAGUGUUGCCCCGCCCCGUUUUUGCCACCUCCACCAAACGCAAGGCUGGGCCAGCAGUCACCUCAGUCGUCCAUUACGUACCGACUGCCGCGUCGAGUGGAUUGGCCCACGCUACCAAGUUCCUCGGUCUCUGCUACGUGGCUUCCUCGAUCGUUGGCUCUAUCUCUUACCUCACAAUCUCCCAGGUCAAUUUGGCCAACGACGUCUUCUGGGCCACCUUUAACACGACAGGAGCACACGCCUUCUUCGCCAACUGGCUCAACGAGCAGCUCGUCUUGGGCAAUACGACCAUGAUUGACCUACCCCUCGACCGACCGAGUAUCAACGCAAUGGCGUCGUUCGCGUCGCAGUCGGCAGUGGUGACGUCGCCUGCCAACUACGGCGCCUACCUCCAGCACACGAGGCUCAACACCAUCGAGGCGACGAUUCGCGGUCUCCGACGGUCGAAUGGCUGCGACGCGCCAUGGAUCUUCUCGCCGUACUGCUACGUGGAUAUGCUCAAGCGCUGGGAGAUGGCCAACUCGGCCACGCGCCAGUCGCGGUGUCUCAAUAUGACGUCGAACGGCGCCGUCUAUCUCGAGACUGUGCUCCGCAACAUUGACUUUGAUGCGUUUCACAUGUGCUGGGGCGCGGCCUUCGAAAUUGCGGUCGCAUCCGAGCUGGGCUUGUCGUCGGCGGGCAAGACAUGGCUCACGACGACGACGUCAACGACAAAGCAGAGUGUGGACGACGAAGCAGCGUACUGGCGACAACAUGGGGUACGAACAUUUGAUACGCAGUGGCAAAACUACAAGCAGCUCGGCGUACGCAACCAAUAUUCGAUCACCAACGCUUUCGGCAUUUCAUACCCGCUCAAGCUGGUCUCCCAGGCCACCGUCGACCGCGUCGACCGUCAAUCUACGUUCAAGAUGUACUGGGCUUUGGCGAACGACCUCUCGGCGGUCGUCUCCAACGCGUCCGGCAUGGCUGGCUCAAGUCUGAUUCGAUCGAGUGCACGCUAUGCCUUUAGCAACACGACUCUAGCAGCAGUUUAUAUCACCAAAGGACUCCUAUCCUCGCCACUGCCGCGCGCUUUCGCGCUCACGUCGUCCUUUCUGGGGCCGUUUGGGUCCAUCGACAUGGUGUACGUCGCGCCGCCACCGGUAUUGCAGCGGCUGCUGUCAUCGCUCAUGGAGCACUCGCGGUCACCACUGACGGACAAUGGGACGGCGCAAGAAGCCUACUACAACAUUACGCCGCUUGCAAUUUCCCGUCCGGUGCCAGCGACCUGGCUGCGAGCACCCUUCGACACGUACGGCAGCACCGUCCUCUGCGGCGAAAUCUUGAGCGGACACAGUGUCGCCACUGGCAUUGACAAUAUUGUGUCGUACGACGCUGUGUGCGUUUCCACGUUGGACGUGAUUGCCAAGCUGCAGCCCACGAGACAACAGUACAUCAUUAGCGCCCUUCUCGCCGGUCUCGAGCGCGGUGGCAAUAACGUCACAACGGUCUGUAACCAUGAGCCGAGUUAUCUAUUAGCCUGUCAAGCGUAUCUCAACGCCACGCUAUCGUACAUUAGCGCCUUCAUGAGCGUCCCGACGACCUUAUCGCAGGACGUUGCCAACGCGCAUGCGCUCGUCCGCUCGCUCAACAUCUCGCUCUUGUCUUACUCCAAACGCAAUGCGACAGCGACGAUGUAUGUGCAGUCCAUCAACCUUCUGGACCCGGCCGAAGACAAUUUUCGUUUCUUUGCGUGGCUCUUUCUCUACGAUUGGGUCGUCGGCCUCCGCGAAGUCGUCUCGUUUCAGGGCGACCUCAGUACCCUAACCCUUAUCACCGACAUUGAAGUGCCGCUGUCGCAGCCGACUCAGGCGUGGGAGAUGCCAAGAAACAUUGCCCGCUACCUCCGAGCCGGCGUCAUGUACGUCACGGGUGUCAUGAUGGCGGUGGCUAGUCUCACGGCGGUAUAUAUGGUGGCGAGUCGCAGCCACUUUGAGGGGUUGAAUAUGCUCGAGCUCGGUCGCGUCGGCGGCAUUGUCUGGGUCGGUCGGCCAUUUCUGUUUCUGCGGAGUAUGACCGCCCUCUGUGUACUGUCGACCGCCUCGAUCGAGUUGCAGUAUUCAGGUUACAUUAGCUCAUUUGUAGCGGUGCGCGAUCCAUGGUACAAGACGCUCCUGGCCGUGAACGAGGUCACGUGGCUCAUUACGAUCGUCAACGACAUUCUGCUUGUGAUUACGGGCGACUAUGCGGCUUACUAUGCGAUUCUCAACGGGUUCUUGGUCUAUUUGAUUGCUGCAGGGUUCACACUCUUGGCGCCCGUGACACCGCGCUUGUCGAUCAAUCUGCAGUGCUAUCUCGCUCAAGUCGAUGGAAUGGCCAUCUGCGACGCAGGAGCGAUUGAGAUUGGCCGCCGUGAUCGUCUCCUUUUGCUCGUGACGUUGGUUUUGGUCUCGCAUGGCGUGUGCUAUCUCGUGGUCACACAAUGUGUCCGCGCCCCACCCACAAGCGCCGUCGCUUCGCUGUUUCUGACGUCGGGCGCCAAGUAUCAAUUUUGCACCUCGUCUUGGAUUGUACAUAAUGUCUACCAUCUGGACCGCGCGUCGGCGGCACUUGUCGGGCUCUUGACGCUGCGAUUUCAAUCGAGAAUGGUCACGCUCGACAUCAAGACGUGGCGGGCAUAUGCCCUUCCGAUCGACACAGACGCACCCGUCGCACUGGCCGCCGGAGUGCCCCUUCUCGACUAAACUAAAAGGUAAAAAAAUGUGGUAUACGACUCAAA